GCGUUUUAAUCUAUAUAUACUGACCUAGGCAAUGCAAAAGGAGUUCUGUCUUUGGAUUGUUCAGGCUUGGACAGCCAUGACGACCUUUUGCAAGUUAGAACACAUUUGAGAUCCAAUAAAGGGCGCAUUUGGACCCGUCCCAGCACCUGGAGUACCAGGACACUUUGGAUUCUCCUCUGUAGACUUGAGCGGGUGCUUCGGGUCACUUAAAGGGGGAUCUCUUCAAGGUGGAAAAUUGACAUUGGAAGGAGAUGAGAACCUUAUUCUGCUGCUUUUUGCUCCUCACCUCGCACCUUCUGCUGGCAGCUGCUGAGGAGUUUGCAAUCCCUCAAGAGUUCAUCGACAGACUGUCCCACAGCGAAAUCAACAGCAUCAGCGACCUCCAGCGGCUACUGGAGGUAAAUUCGCCAGGUCCUGGAAAUGAGGUGAUUGAGGAGGUCAAACAGAAGCACCAUCAGAAGAGCCAUCACUCAUACAAGGCCGCUUCCUCAGAUCUCAAGAGUCUGCAGCUGUCCCACAGACGGAAGAGGAGUGUCGUAGAGGAAGCAGUGCCCGCCAUGUGCAAGACACGGACAGUGGUCUAUGAGAUCCCCCGCAGUCAAGUGGAUCCCACCGCAGCAAACUUCCUAAUAUGGCCUUCGUGUGUGGAGGUGAAACGCUGUACAGGCUGCUGCAACACCGGAAACAUGCGUUGUCACCCCUCCAAAAAACAGCACCGUACUGUCAAGGUGGCGAAGGUAGAGUUUGCAUCGCGUAAGAAACCAAAAUUGAAGGAGGUGCUUGUCCGGUUAGAGGAUCAUUUGGAAUGUGUGUGCACGUCACAGCAUCACGUGAUCGAGCACGCAGAAGCAGACACAGGCCCACGCACAGUUAAAAAUGGUAAAAAACGGAAACACAGAAAGCAAGCAGUGGCAGCACAGAUCAACAAGGAUAUUCAAUAAAAAGCAAACCUUUCCUAUUACUCAACGGACCAAAAUAUCCUGCAGUGGACAUGAGGUGAAACCACAUCAAACAAGCAAUCGAAGGACAACAGUGGCUAUGUAAUGCUACAGCAGCACUGGGACUUUGACCUCUGAACUCUGACCCUACUGACCCCAUUGCUGUUUAAAAAAAGAUACUGUAUCCAGAGGAACAUUAUACACAAAUACAACACCAAAGGUGCUUUCUAUGUACUCUGUCAAACACUGAAGACAAACAAGAUUGGUAUUCAGUUAAUUAUUAAGUGGUCAAACACUGGGCAGAAACGAAACUGAAAAGGACGAUGUUUGUGUUGAUUCCCUGUUGUUCAUGUGUAAGACUUUCUUAAAGGUCAAAGAUGAGGAGAA